UGGUGAGUCUCGAUGAUCUCACAUAGUAUUCGUAUUCAGAAACGAAAUGGCUGAAGAAGAGCUCGAGCAAAGUUCUGGAAUCCUUCAAGAGAUAUUCACCUCGCCUCUGAAUAUAAGCUUGUUAUGUCUCUGCUUGUUCCUGUUGUACAAGAUCGUUCGCGGAGACAGGCCCCCAGACUAUGGCCCCGUCGAAGAGCAGUUACCUAAACUAAAGAAGCGAGAUUUCACUUUAGCAGAACUGAUGGAGUAUGACGGGACAAAAAACCCGAGAAUCCUGAUGGCUGUCAACGGAAAAGUGUUUGAUGUUACGAGAGGAAAGAAGUUCUACGGUCCAGAGGGCCCUUAUGGGGUCUUUGCAGGCAAAGAUGCCUCCAGAGGUUUAGCCACAUUCUGUUUGGAGGAGGCCUUGAAAGACACUAACGAUGAUCUUUCGGAUCUCAGUGCCAUGCAGCAGGAAAGCCUGAGCGAGUGGGAGACCCAGUUCACGCAGAAAUAUGAUUAUGUUGGCAAGCUUCUUAAACCUGGAGAAGAACCAACGGAGUACACAGAUGAUGAAGAAGUCAAGGACAAAAAGAAGGAUUAGAACAUGCAGAACAGGGGACGGAUCCAAACCUUGAUCUUUCCAUGUGUCCUAGAUUUUUUUGCAGUCACACUUGCUGAUGUUUUGUCUGAGCCACCAUGACAUUGCAUAUGCAUCACCAUCUUUUUUAGUAUGUCUUGUGUUUGUAAACAGAAUUUUGUAUCACUGUUUUCUUAAAGCUGUUGUAGCCUAUAUACCUAAAGCAACUGUGACUUAACAGUUGUUACAAACGUCAUCUGUAGAUAUUCUUGGGUAGAUAUGUGCUUCAAGAAUAUACUUUGAUAAACUUCUGAGCUUGCUGUUAAUAUGGACAUAAUUUCGCUCACACUUCUUUGUAUCGCAAGAAAGUUUCAACCAAAAAAUUUACAUCAACAUAUGCUGCGAAAUGUAUCGUUUUGAGUUUUAAAUGCAUAUUAGGUGAAAUGAUGGGAAGGAGAAUUUGCUUGAUGGACCAAUUUACAGUAUCGUACAAUAUACUAAAAGCUUCCAGAAGGGAAUCGGUCAUUAAAUCAUCACAUUCUAGUCUUAACAUCCCCUCAGGAAAGUUUGAGAUUAAAUAGACCUUCCAUGAGAUUGUUUCUUUUUGACUCACCAAUAGAAGUAUUUGUAAUUUGAAUACUUUUCUGUUCAUGUUUCACUAUUAAAGAAUAUGAUUUAUUACAAUUA